AUGACCCUCUCUCCUGAGCAGGCCCGACACAUUUAUCAAUCAGACCUAGAGCAUCAAUCAAUUCACGAGACGUCGCAACUCAAACCCGUGAUUCAACCAUUCGCCGGAAGAAUUGGCGGUAAUCAGGAAAUAGUCGUCGAUCGCAGCGAUCCCCAAAAUGCAGCUUUGCUCAAAAAAUUUCCCGACGCGGCUCCUCUUAUGUCGUUUCGCGAAGGAGCAAAAUUGCGCGGCUUUUGGGAUCUGGAUUUGUGGCGAUUCGGUUUCAUUGAGAUGAUAGGUACCAUGCUACUAGUCUUUGUGACGGCCUGGAUCUCUGUGCGUCCAACUAUGUCUUCUAAUACCGUGCCAUCCUCGGCAUCAGGUAUUUUCUCUACGACGGCUUUCCUCGGUCCCCUGUUCGGGGGAAUUAUUAAUUGGUUCUUUUUGACUUUAUUCAUCUUCACCUUCUCUAACGUCAGUGGUAGCCACCUCAACCCAGCUAUUUCAAUUGCAACUUUCUUGGCGCGUCUUAUUUCAUUCCCACGAAUGGCUAUUUAUGUGCUCUGCCAGUCAAUCGGUGGGGCUAUAGCGGGGUUUACUCUCCGUAAGGCAUACGGAGCUAGUGACUUUACAUGUGGAGGCUGCGUAAUCGAUCAAUCGAUGGUCCCUAUGGAUGAAGCGUUUCUUUUGGAAUUCAUGUUUAGCUUGAUUCUAAUCUUCCUGUCCUUUGGAGUCGGGCUAGACCCCCGUCAAGGGAAAAUAUAUGGGCCUGCUUUGUCGCCUUUUUUGGUCGGAAUGGUGCUUGGAACGUUGAGCUUGGCAUCCGCGUUCGUGCGAAGUGGGUUUGCUGGUGCUUGCAAUCAUCUCACAUUCGCUUCGGCAGCUAUGAAUCCUGCUCGGUGUUUCGGUGUCUUCGUGGCUACGUCAUUUCCGACUUAUCACUGGAUACAUUGGGUCGGGCCAAUUGUUGCAUCCGUGGCGCAUGGAAUUGUCUACUAUGUGGCACCUCCUUGGGGACAUUGA